AUGGAGCACAUGAAAAAAAAAAAAAUGGCCAAGAGGAACGGGUCGAUGAGAAGAAACAGGGGAGAAUGCGGGUCAGAAAACAGUGUUAUAAGGGGUAUAGGAGGAGGGGGGUGGUUUAUGGUGAUAUUGAUGGGUAAUGAUGAUGGUGGUGAUGACGAUAAUGGCGAUGAUGGUGAUGGUGUUUUAUUGGAAAAAUUGUUGUGGAAUUCCUAA